UCAAAAAAACAACUUUGUCGAACUUUACACCAAUGAGUAAAGAAUUACACCGCUUUCUUCAAUCGGAUCAUUUGAGAGUUUAUAAUGUUUGCCAUGGUAUCUUAGAAGCCAUAGUUUAAUAUAUUGGGAACCUGUAAGGAAAUGAAGCAAAUUUGCAGUAGUGACCGCUAGCAAUGAUGUCUACAGUUUGGAGGCAGGGAUCGAAGUUUUGUGCUUUUGGCCUCAAAAUCGUCGGUUUGACUUGAUAUUGUCAAAAUGGCACAAUGUGAGUUUCUUACGCAUGUCAUCAUCUUAUGUACCGUUCGUCUUACGUUUGCUUCUUCCUCUGUCUAUCUAUCGCCUGAAUUGUCGGACGCCCUUCAUCUCUUGAGGCCGGACAGCCAGGUUCUGUUCGCCAGCGCGUGUCUGCAGGAGGAUUACCAGUGCAGCGAGGCCGAAGUGGCCAGCUACGCCUGGGCGAGUUCCCAUGCCGACCCCGCGGCACGGAAACGCUUCUGGCACACGUACGUUUGUACGUGGAACGAAGACCCUAGCGAAUGUCCAGUUGACGGUGGUUGGACUGCUUGGAGUGAAUGGGGAGCCUGCAACACGACCUGCGGUGACGGAACCAAGCUGAGGUAUCGCACCUGCAACUGGCCCCCGCCGAAAAAUGGCGGCAACGAAUGCCACGGACAGGCAACCAGUGUGACAAGCUGCAGGGUCAAGAUGGCCUGUCCAGUUACUGGUCACGAAAACUUGAGCUUUACGGAGGAAUUGCCCGGGAGCUCUGUCCAGCACAGAGCUCUUGAAGCUAUGGAACCGUUUAACGAGGAAAACACCGAGCUGUCCACGACCUGUCUGGAGGGGCACUGCAGCUACCAACAAGUGACGGAGAUGGUCACGCCGCGGGAUCUCGCAGCGUAG